AUCAGAAUUUUUGUUAUUGUCUUUUGCAUUAGAAGACAAGAAUGGUCUCUAAAUACUGGGAUAUACCUUGCAAGCACGUUUAAAGGAGUUCCACUAUGGUGCCUCUGAGAUAUCAUGUCUCCAGCAUCAAUAUUGUGAUCUGAAGCAAGAUGCAUUAAUGUACAUAGGGAAACUUAUGGUUGAAUGAAUCAUCUCCAAAUAGAAUCAUUCGCACUCUUCAUUUGAUUUAAAGUUUGAACUAAAUUAUAAAGCUUUUAGAGCAUGCAAAUUUAUUUACUUUAAAAAUUUGCCUUAUUUUGAUUAUGGUGCCUCCUACACCAUGCUAAAAAAGCUUCUUUUACCAAUUGGAAUAUCAUGUGUGGACAAUUUUUUAAUAUUUGUCUCAGAUUCUUCAUUAUUAGUCAAGCUAUACCACAUCUUUGUCUAGGAAAACGACAACGUUUUACAGGGCACUUAACUAAAACCAUCCAUUCAUUUUCAGGACCAGCUAACAUCUUUGUCCAGAUAUCAAUCAACUAUGUAUAAGUCUUUUUUUUUACACCUUUUCUAGGAGCCAAGAAAAUAUAAGCCUGACCACAUAUGGGAUGGGCACUAACUUUCGUUUUUAUUCAAAAUAUAAGCUUGAUAAAAUUUGAGAUAUCUCAUAAAAUCUUAUAAUAAACCCAAAAUAUUUAAGACCAUUAUCAUUAAUAUUUAUCCAAACAAUGACUUUCUUAUCCUAUGUAUUAGGUCCUACUCUAUCUUUUCUCCAAGGUAGACCCACAACCUCGAUAUGACCAGACGUUUUAUUAGAAGGAUGGUCUCUUAUAUACACCAAGUAAAAGAUAAAAAAAAAAUCUUUUGACAUAUAUUUUUCUUUUCCUUGUGCUGAUUGUAGGAUGGAUUUUUUUUUUUUAAAAAUAAAGUGAGAAGAUUUCUUUUAAGUCAAAUUAGGAUAAUGUAUAAUCUUUUGUAAACUAAGGUCAUGAACAAUUACUUUCCCAUCUUUGUUUUCAAAUAAAUAAAUUGAAGCUCAACUAACCACAAUCUGCCGAGUUUGGAACACCAAGGCGGAAAAAAAUCAAAUCACAAUCUUGGCCUAACACAUGGGCUUUGUUGCAGUUUCUAGGUAAACAAACAUGUGAACAGGGUAAAUGAAUUAAUGCUACAUGCUGCCAAAUACACAACUGGGCACUGUCAUUUGAGACCCUUCCCCCCCCCCCCCAAAGACUUUCUGUAUUGCUUUUGCGCCACACGCACAAAACAAAUAUGGUGACUAUGGCACUUUCUCUGUCGCCUUCAACAACUCCAUUUCUAAAACCUUUAAGCAAAACCAGAUGCCUUUCUUUAUUGUCAACCCCAUUUCCUUCAAAGCCAUUGGAGGUCAGCUUUGUCAAUCAUGGACUUCAUCUGUCCUCUUCUUUUUCUUCUUCUUCUUCUUCUUUUUCAUUUAGGUGGUGUAGUUUGAAGGUGAGGACAGCCUCAUCAGCUUCAGUUCCUGAUCAUGAAGUUGAUGAUCAUGUUGAGGAGGAUCCCAAAUCUAGUGAUUUGGGUAGGGUUUUGGUGCUGGGAGCACUGUUUGCAAUAUGGUAUCUUCUCAACAUCUACUUCAACAUUUUCAAUAAACAGGUUCUUAAGGUGUAUCCAUAUCCGACAACAGUCACUGCAUUCCAAUUUGGCUGUGGGACAUUGAUGAUCCUCAUAAUGUGGGCAUUUAAUCUCCAUGGCCGACCAAAAAUUACUCGCUCACAGCUUAGAGCAAUCUUACCGUUGGCUGUGGCACACACAUUGGGCAACCUUUUAACCAAUGUUAGUCUUGGCCGAGUCAAUGUUUCUUUCACACACACAAUCAAAGCAAUGGAGCCAUUUUUCACCGUCUUGUUCACUGUCUUGUUUCUUGGGGAGUGGCCGACUCUUUGGGUGGUUUCUUCGCUUAUUCCGAUUGUAGGAGGAGUGGCAUUGGCAUCUUUAACAGAGGCUUCUUUUAAUUGGGUUGGUUUCUGUAGUGCAAUGGCUUCCAAUGUGACUAACCAAUCACGUAAUGUGCUUAGCAAGAAGUUGAUGGUUAAGAAAGAGGAUUCGUUGGACAACAUAAAUCUCUUCUCUGUAAUAACCAUUAUAUCUUUCAUUCUUUUGGUGCCUGCUGCUAUUUUAAUAGAAGGCAAUAAGUUUAGUCCUUCACACCUGCAAUUUACAGCAAGUCAAGGUCUGAACAUUAGAGAGCUGUGUAUGAGAUGGCUUUUGGCUGGAUUCUGCUUCCACAGCUAUCAACAGGUGUCAUACAUGAUUCUACAGAUGGUGUCGCCAGUAACCCAUUCAGUAGGAAACUGUGUAAAGCGUGUGGCGGUGAUUGUGUCGUCAGUUCUUUUCUUCAAAACUCCGGUUUUGCCCAUAAACUCCCUCGGAACUGCGGUGGCUCUUGCAGGCGUCUUCUUAUAUUCAAGAGCAAAGAGAAUGAAACCAGAGCCAAAAGUUGCCUGAAAUUCUUCUUCUUCAUCAUAUUUGGACAGAGGUUGAAUUCUUCCCUUGAGUUGUCUCAAUGGUUUUUCUACAAGGGCUUUCCAUUGUUUCUAUUACCCAUGUGGAUGCCGAAGUCAACUUCUAGCUUCUUCAAUAAAUCACCAUAUAUUUUUGUUUUUAUUUUUUUCGAAAUUUUUAUUUACAACAAGGUUUCAUAAACUAUGUACAUAGAGUUCUUUAAAGCAGAUAUAUUUUGGGUUAAUCAGGUACCCUAGUUAGAUUUUAUAAUCCGGUAAAUUGUUGAACGUA